AUGCGGCUCAUCAACACAACAACCUUUGAAUUCAAGGAAUUUUUCAGCGGAAUCCCACCCUACGCCAUUCUUUCCCACACCUGGGGCACGGAAGAUGGCAGCGAAGUCACGUUCAGGCAGUGGCUUGAGCGCAACGCGAGUCCCAUCACCUCCGCAGGCCUUGCCAAGAUCCUGAAGAGCUGCGAGAUUGCCGCCGCCGAAGGCCUCCAGUACGUCUGGGUCGACACGUGCUGCAUCGACAAAUCCAGUAGCGCCGAGCUCACGGAGGCCAUUAACUCCAUGUUCAUGUGGUAUCAUCGCGCCCACGUCUGCUACGUGUACCUCGAAGACUUACCAUCCUUUCCCGCGGGAUACGACGGCCAGAUUGACGCGUGGAAACCUGACAACGCCUGGCGCACCAUCGGGACCAAGCUACGACUCAGACGUCAGCUGGAAGAGAUCACCAGCAUCAACUCCCGUGUUCUGGACGGUCGCACACCGCCUGGGGUCAUUUGCGUUGCGGAGAAGAUGUCGUGGGCAGCCCGCCGAACGACGACGCGUAAGGAGGACAUGGCCUACUGUCUUCUCGGGCUCUUCGGCGUCAACAUGCCGCUCCUGUACGGCGAGGAAGACAACGCGUUUCUGCGGUUGCAAGAGCAUAUUAUCCAAAAGACGAAUGAUCUCAGCAUUUUCACUUGGUCUCCUUCGUGCCCGGUCGCUCGUCGCGAGGUCGACGUCGCGCGGGGCUGUCUUGCCGAGAGCCCCGCGGACUUUGCUUCCUGCAACUCCAUGUCAAGGAGGGACACGUUUGGGAUGAUGGAGCCCGAGUUUGUCAUGACCAACAAGGGUAUCCGGCUCGAGACGUCCAGAGACUUGGUCUACACAACAGUCUCGCCCGUGGGUGGCGAAAGCCGUACAUCGUACAUCUUGCGUCUAGGCUGCUACUCUGGCCUGCAGAACGCCGUCGAGAUUGUGGUUCCGCUGCAGAAAUGGGGCCGCGACAUCUUCGCCAGAGAUCCGUCUCGUCCCAACACGUUCAAUAAAGUCGACUAUGUGGAGAAGCCUGCCUUUGAAAAAAGACAGACCAUCUACCUGAUUGUAUCCUUGCCAGCCUUUACCUCCAUACGCCAGAGCCACACCCUCCUUCCAUUGUUCCAACGAGCUGCCUCCUGCAUGGCAGUGCUGCACAUCGAUCCCAUCGCGUGCCCAGGCGUCAUGGCGUACGUCUACAACAGGUGGCCCUCUAAUCACUUUGACGCCGAGCGGAAUCUUUUCAUGGCGCCCGUGGGCAUGCUCGGAAAGCAGUGGACGGCGUGCCGUUUUCAUGUGUCGCCCGCAGACUUCAGCGACGCUGGAUCGCUGGGUGAUGAGUACGUCAGGCUUCCCGCGGUGUUCUAUCUCGUGGUUAUCUGGAGCAUUCGGUCUUCGCCUACAAACGAGGCUACAAACGAGGAGGACUUUUCCUACCUUCUCCUCGAGCGUCCAGCGUGGGAACAAGAUUUCGAGACCGAUGCCAUUUCUGAACUCCUGACCGAAGUGGCAGACAAUUUCAAAAGCUCAUACAACUUGCAGAAGGCCCUCGCCAUACACACUGACGCAGGAAGAGACUGGAAUAGGUCAUUAACUAUCGUGAGAACCGUCGGCAGACGAAAGCAGCAUUUAUCAAUCGAUUGUACCAGGCGAGUCGAAUACGACUCUAGGGUCUGUCUAGGGCCCAUUUGGCGUGUAAGCAUCAACUUUGAAGCAGAGGAAGCUUACUAG